AUGGAUAAAACGGGAUAUCGUUUUUGUGAGGAAUGCAAGGGAUUGGAUAUUGUCGAUAGAAUGUUUCACUGCAACGGAUGCGUGUUUAAGCUUUGCGGCACUUGCACUCACAGAAGACAUCGAUCUCACGAAACAAUGUUAAUCAAAUGUCGGAGAAGCUUCGUUGUGUUUCGUUUGGUGAGGUCAGCAAGUCGGUGUUCCCGGUUCUUCACAACGAACUUAUUAAUGGUAUCCACUUAUUUGAGGAGAAAUUUAUUAACCAAUCGCUCAACUGCAUCCUCUGCGAACAGCCGUUUGUGUCGAUCGCAAAUCAACCUCGAUCUCCACGGCAUU